AAGAUUUCCACGGAUUUAUGCAUACGACACCAGGUGUCGCAAUAAUUCGUGUCCGCUUACCUCAGCCACCCCACCAUCAACAAACCGUCAAAACAUGAACAACAAUUAUUCGCGAUAAUACUACUCCACCAAACCAGCCCCGAUUUACACGAUUAUGGCGUCAAACGAAAGCCCUCGAACUCCUGAACAAUCCAAAACUCAACCUGAGUACGAUACCGGCCACCGUUGGGCGUAUUUCUGGCGGCGCGAUCAUAUGAAGGAUGGCGAGAAGGUUUCAGAUGUUGCAGAAGAGCUGGGCAUCCCCGAUCGUACUGGAAGAAGAUGGAUGAGGGAGAGGAAAUUGAUGGGUACACCAACUGCUAAACGCCGUGUACGAAAGAACAAAGCAGCUUCAAAAGGGAGCAAGCUUGGGAGGCCUUGGUUAAUACCCCAGGAAGUACUUGACGAGAUGGUAGGCGGCGUGUACGCUCUGCGCUCUAGUAACUUGGCGAUUCUGUAACUACAACACUAAGAAAACAGCUUGUAUAGACUUUUG